UCUCUACUGUGAGGUCGUUUCAGUGUGUCCGUCGUCAACUCGAUUUUCUUAAAACCUGAAAAACUGCAAGACAUUCAUGGUCCGGUCAUAUCAAAUGUUUGAGGACCUACGUGGAUCUGUUUGGGCCUACAACUACGUCCAUUCACUGAGCGGAUUUGGGAUUACCCAUCGAGGACUCGAAAAGAUAGGAGAGAACAAGGCCAUUUUCUUCGGUAAAAUUAUCCAGUCAGGUUCCCAUCUGAAGUCCAUCCAGAUGAUCCUUAAUAAGACAGCAGACGGUACAGGCAUCGACUCCAACACCCUGGCCUUACAGAUGAAGGCCCAUCCUGAGCUGAGGGACAAGCUUCAUGUCGUCACCUCAUGGGAGCCUUUGCCUGUCUACCCUGGGGUGGUCAACUCAGAAUUACCUGAGGAUCUCAAGACAUCUAUCACCAGGCAUCUUCUCAACAUGCAUCUCGACCCCAAAUGGCAAGCACAACUGAACCAAUACAUGGUGUCCAAAUUUGUGCCGGUUACACUGGAUCAGUACAAAGGAUUGUUCAAAUAAACAAACAAAUGUUCCAAUAAACCAAAAAGGGAAACCGAUGAUUAAUGCAUUAUGAAAUAUAUUGCAUUAUUAUAAUAUAACAAUUGUAACAAAAUAACGAGACAGUGUUAUAUUUAAAAAAAAUAAUCAUUAAUUCAUUGUUGAAAUCGGUACUCUAAAUUCUUGUCAUGAUGCAAUUUUGUGCUCUAAAUUAAUAAUGCAAUAUACAUAUUUUACUAUGUAAACAUGUUUUUUAUAUAAUUUACUGAAACCACAGAGACUAGUUGUCAAUCUACAAGCUAUUGUCACAUCUUACUGUGUGCAAUGAGUUCGUUAGCAGGGCUCAAAUUUUGUGUGAAAAUUUUGUGGACAACAGUACCUGAAAGUUUUAUUUUACUGGACCAAUGUACAUUCACAGAUAAAAUUGAAACACUGUUAACUCAAAGCCAUGUGCAUCAUUUGCAAUGACCUGGAGAAGCAUUGAUUUAAUGACAAAACUCUGCUCAAAGUCAAGAUAGGAGUGGUACCAAAUACCCUUUGAAAAUAUUCCAGCUGAAAUUGUUUCGUGUGGAUGAAUACUGAGGUGGUGUUGAAAGAGGGUGUCCAUGGCACAUUUUAACAUUAUGCAUUAGCAAUGGAAUCCAGUUACAAGACACAAAAAAAAAGUUAAUGUAUUUUCUCGGUUUUCUUAAAAUGUAUACUAUCCAAUCAACCUUCAACAGGUUAGUUGUCAUGCACCCUGCUUCAGACUUUUAGCACUUUUGUUGGUUCAAACGAAAGUAAAGGCACAAGAAGCAAAUAAUCAUAUGUACCUUUUAAGAAAGUUGCAGUCAUUAGGAUUAUACAAGAAGUAUAUUUCAUUGCUUCUGGUGGUAAACGGGAAACAUCAAAUGUAAACAUUUUUAAUAGUUGGUCAAAUGACUCUUGCAUGUGUAGGAUUAGUCAUGAUCAUGAUAAUCUGAGACCAGAUUUGGACAGCACAUGCAAUCAUGAAAGGCAUGUAUUCAUCUGAGUGCAAUGUGUAAUUAUAAAACAUCAAGAUGAAUUUUUAUUCCCUUUGUUUUAAGUUGCCAAAUCUUCCAAAGAAGUUAUAUACAAUUUAGAAGUGUUUUUGUCAUUUCGUAUAACCUUGGAGAGUGAAAUACAUUUGAACAUCCAAACAAUGUGUGUUACAGUGAAGUGCAAAUUUGCCUUGUUGAGAUUAUUUAUGCAAAUGCACUAAGGUUUUCUGUCAUGGAUGUUGGUAUGAACGUAGAUGAUGUGGAUAUGAUUCACCUACUUUAAUGAACAUGUAGUUGUGUUUGUCAUUUAUAAUACAUGUACACCAU